GAAGAGAGGUGAUCAAUAGGUGAGAUAAGGAUAGGACAUGUGUGAUAGAUAGAUAGUAGAGAGAAUGCCUCAUAGAGUAAGCACACAACAAAGAACCACAAAAAAAUGGCUGCCAUUGCCAAAGUGACUCUUCCAUCUUCUUCCCUUACUACCUUCAAAACUUCAUUUCUUCCUAAAUCACCAUCACUUUCUCACAGCAUUGCCAUUGUCUCCCCAAAGUCAACUACUCUUGGACUCAAAGUUCAUGCUAAAUUGGGUGGUCGAGAUGAAGAUACAAAGACAGGAGAUAAAAAGAAAUUCAUAACCAGAGAACAAGAACCAGAACAAUAUUGGCAAACAGCAGGAGAGAGGGAAGGAGAGAAUCCAAUGAAGACACCACUUCCUUACAUUAUCAUAUUUGGUAUGUCAACUCCUUUUGUAAUCUUAGCCAUUGCUUUUGCAAAUGGUUGGAUUAAGGUACCAAUUAGAUGAGACAUUAGACAACAAACAAACACUUCCUUGUAAUGUGCACAUCUUCAUUCUCAACAAUUUUAAUUUAAGCACUUAAGUAGUAGUACUAUUCAAUCUUGAGUAAAUAAUUUAUUUACUUUUUUCACAUAUGUAACGAUACGAACAUGUUGUCAUCGAUUCUUAUAAUGAACAAGAAUGUUGGAUUGAGAAAGCUA